AUGCUCUCUGUCUCCUCUUCAGCCGGAGGCAGUAUUACCUUUGCAGAGGAAAAGGCCGAAGAGCCCCGGGAGCCCCUGAGAAGCACCAACGGCCAGCGCGGAGCCAGGCAGGUGAGUGCCGGAGGCUGUCGGGGAGCUCCCAGGGCCGCGAUCCCAGGGCCGGGUCUCGGAGUCGCCCCAAGCGGGCCUACUCAGGCGCCCACCCGCCUCUCUGCGGGGAGCGUCACAGGGUGCGGGGCAGAAAGCCGCCCCCCCCGACUGGUUAAGGCCCCGAUUCAAGCGCGAGGGGGUGAGGGUGGUCCUGGCUGCCCGGCCGUUGGCGCCUUCGGAAGACCAGCCAGGGCUCCUUACCUGUGGAACGUCUGCCUGGCGCCUGAGGUGGAGGCCCAGAUGAGCAACGACCCGCCUCCGCCUCCUCUUCGCUGCUCCUUCCCGGCGGCGCAUCCUGCAGGGUCGAGCGGGCGCUUCCCCGGCGCUGCUGGUCCCUCCGACGGCCGCGGAAGGAAAUUCGGCCUCGAGGGGCCGGCGGCUUCACACGUGCCAGCCAUCACGAGAGCAGCUGGGCGUGCGGGGCAUUUGGGCUGCGGGGCUCUGCUGGCGCGGCGGUUUGGGGCGCCCCCUCCCCGCUGCCCGGGGCCCACUCCUGCUCUCCGCCUGGCUUUCCUCUCCAAGAAGGCCCUGCAGCGCCGGGGGAGGGAUGGAGCGCCGCAGAAGGCGGGGGCCGCCUGCCCCACCCACGCCGCCGCCGCGGAGAGCCCUCCGAGGAGAGCGGCCCCGCUCUCCGCGACCCUGGGCCGGGCGCUGGCCCAAGCCAUGAAGCGGAUGGACAUGGGGGUGGAGCAGCAGUACGCCUACGACAUCUUCCGCAGCCUGAUGCAGGAGCAGCGGCGCUUCUCCUUCCGAGCCUCCGACGUGCCCCGGGCCAUGACUGCGGAGAGGCGGGCUCUGCUUGUCGAUUGGCUGGUGCAGGUGCACGAGUACCUGAAGCUGGCAGACGACACGCUCUACUUGGCCGUCUACCUCAUGAACGCUUACCUGAGAAGGAACCAGGUGCGGGUGGCCAGACUCCAGCUCAUCAGCAUCACCUGCCUCUUUCUGGCCUGCAAGGUCGAGGAGCGCACCUGCCCCCAGCCCCCCCAGCUGUGCUUCAUGAUGGAGGACUCGUUCAGCCCAAAGGAGCUCCUCUGCAUGGAGCGCAAAAUCCUCUCCCACCUCCACUUUGAGCUGCACUAUGCCAACCCCAUGCCCCUGCUUCGCCUGCUGGCCGAAGUGGACUGUGCCAGCCUGGAGGUCCAGUGCUUGGCAAUGUAUUUUAUGGAGCUUUCCCUGAUGGAGGCAGACACGGUGGGUGUUGAGCCGGCUCGGCUAUCCAUUGCUGCCCUGUGCCUGGCGCAGCGAGUCCUGGGUGAAGGGUGCCCUGUAGGCUCACAGACCCCACAGGAAGAUUCCCCCAAACUCCACACAUACAGUGAGUCAGAGCUAUCUGUGGUGUAUCCAUCUAUGGCCCGGGCUGCCAUUCGGGGCCCCAGCUCCACCCUCCACGCCACCUUCCGGAAAUACUCCAGGCCUCAGAAGCUCUGUGCCAGCACCAACCCUGCCCUCACUGACUCUGCCUACUUGAGAGGCUUCCUGGGAAGCCCUGCCACUCUGAAGCAGGAUUGCCUGGGGGCUUCCUGA